CAACUGGUAGUGGUGUCAGUUUAGGCAGAGGCACCGGCCAGACAACGUCGUAGGAGAAGGCACUGGCUGUUGUAGUCUGGCUCUUGGUUUUUAGAGAUCUUCCUCCCGAGUUGUGUAUAUACUACAAAGACACCACGCCGCCGUCCGCUCGGUCUAGACUGUUGUGUGGUUCUCAUUUAUUUUCCUGCAGGUGUCCUAGAAUCCCUCCACAGCCAGAAUAAGAAGAAGAAGAAGAAGAAGAAGAUGGAGUUCAAAACAUUCGAUGAUCUCUUAGACACAAUAGGGGUGGGGCGCUGGACACUUUUCAUGUUCAGUUCCUACAUCUUGUGGGCGUUUCAAAUCCCAUAUUUCUCUUUGGGAGGCGCUUUCUAUAACCCGAAAGUAGACCACUGGUGCCACGUCCCAGAGCUGCAAAAUUCUUCUUGGACUGAGGAGCAGAGGCUAAAUUACUCGAUUCCUUGGGAAGAUCGAGGUGGGCAGUUACAGAGGUCACAAUGCAGGGAGUUCGUGAGAGACUACGAGCAAGUAGCCAACCAGGAGUGGAGUCCUGCUUUCAUGACGACGCUGGAAGAAGCUGCCACAUUGGAAACCCGUUCGUGCAGCGAGUGGCACUAUGACACUUCUACCUUCAGCACUACAGUUGCCAUGGAGUGGGAUCUGGUCUGCGACAGAGCCAGCAUGAGUCCUUUCUUCCAGAGCUUCUACUUCUUUGGAAUUGCUGUUGGAGAGCCUCUGCUGGGAGUUUUGUCUGACAAGUAUGGGAGACGGAUGGUCCUCAUCAUGUCCGCCGUCGGUUUCGUUGUGACGGCCACGUCCUCAGCUCUCGUUCCUCUCUACUCUCUAGUCCUGGCAGGCCGCUUUAUCUUGGGCAUGAUCCAUUCUAUCAUUGGCCCGGCCUAUAUUCAAGGCAUAGAAGUGACCCCCAAGAAGUACCGUACGGUGAUUGGCCUUCUGUCAACCGUACCCUUUGCCAUCACGGGCAUGCUCUUUGGCACCUGGGCCUACUUCAUCAGAGACUGGAGGACGCUUCAGUUGGUCUGCACCGUCCCCAUCACCUUCCUCUUGUUGCAGCUCCCAUUCCUCGACGAGUCUCCUCGUUGGCUGAUACUCCAGGGACGUCUGAAGGAGGCAGCCAGGACCCUGAAGAGGGGGGCGAGGUGGCAGGGCGUCAGCAUCCCUCCCCACGACGAGCUCAUGAACUUACUGCAGUCCUUCGAGAGACAGAACAACCAGCCCUCUAGAGUUGAAGACUACGUCGCCGAAGAAGAACAGCGCAGCUUCUUGUCCAAAGCGUGGAGGGAACUGACAGCUCUUGUGAGGACUCCCACCCUCAAGAGGAUUACGAUCGGCCUCUUCGGAUGCUGGUUCUGCGUAGGACUGACUUACUGGGGGAUGAGUCUCUCUGGCACCACCUACACAAACGACCCCUUCUUGUACAUGAUCAUGAGCUCCCUCAUGGAGGUACCUGGAUACACUGGUUUCACACCUGUGGUGUCAAGAUUUGGCAGACGGUCUGUCCUGGCUUUCAACUUCUCGGUCUGCGCGGCUGCCAUUUUUACGAUCUUGGCCACGCCUGAGAGCUACACCUGGAUGGUGUUUGCGCUGGCUCUCGUGGGGAAGCUGUUCAUCACAGGUAGCUAUGGAAUACUGUACCUGACGACUUCAGAACUGUUCCCCACUUGCGUGAGGUCUCGUGGCCUCAGCCUGUCGUCUGUGAUGGCCAGGCUGGGAUCCAUUGUGUCGCCUUUCAUCAUCAAAGUUCUGGCUAAUUCCUACUACUGGGCCCCAUCUGUGGCCUUCGGCGCAUGCGCAGCCCUGGGCAGCGGCUUUGCCCUGGUCAUACCCGAGUCUGGCAACAGGCCUUUGGCUGAUACUGUCGAGGAACUGGAAGAAAUCUACAGCAGGAGCAGAUCCUCGUCGUCAGGCAGCAUCGAAAUCAAGGGUCUCAUCCAGCCUUCUGCGAAGUCAGACCCCACAGCCUCCAAUGCUGUCUGAUUUAAGACUGAUCUCUUUUGACUUCAGUGUUCUAUGGAAAAUGACGAGAAGCAAUACCAUAGGCCUAAUUAUUUUAUACUUUUCCUUCAAUAAGACAAUUUCGGAAUGCAUUGUCAAUAUUUUAUAUUUCUAAACGGAAUAUACAAUGCGUUUUUUGUCCAUUUUUAUCUACGUGGAAUUAAUUUUUUUCACAUUGUAGCCUAUGAAUUGUUCGCUCUAAGAGUGUAAAACGUAUCUAGUUAUGAUUGUAAUCCAGUUUUGUAAUAUAUAAUUGUGUAUAACCGUCUUACGUAUGAAAGUAUUGAGAUAAGUAAAGUAUUUUUUGACGUAGGAGGGUGAUUGCCAAAAUUCAUUCAUUCUUGCUUAAUUUCUCCUGUAUUCAAGUGCGGACAUGAGGCUCGUUUUCUUUGAAUUGAUUAAUGUCUAUUUACGGAGAAAAUGUUGUAGGGCAAACUAAAGAAAUGGUUUGAUAUAUUUCUCUCGCACAGCGCAGGCGCUUUAGUGUGAGGAAAAUGAUUAUAGAAUUUCUUCUUUGAGCCUCAAUGUGUUAUUCGAACACACACACACACACACACACACACACACACACACACACA